UUCUACUUUUAGAAAGGGCUGAAGUCUGUACCUCUAUCAAUACUCGGGUAAAACUCACCAUGGGUGAUGAGUUGAAGAUGGAAGUGGUCGAAUGGCAAAAAGUGGAUGAGGACCUGCCUACAAAAGAGGUUUCAUGGACAAAUAAAAUGAUAGAUCAGAUGGACUGAGGAGAUGGCGGGAAGAAGGCUACUGGGAGAAUAUGGAUCAGAUUGGCAUCUUUUCUAACAAGACCCUGCUGAAUUGCACAAUGGGUCAGGAAGCUGGAAAGCCCACAUGGCCAAAACCAGCAGGAGGAUAUCAGACGAUUACAGGCAGAAGAUACGGAAGAAGACAUGCCUAUGUCAGUUUUAGACCAUCUCUGACGAAUCAAGAGAGAAAUUCGAACCAACACGAUGGAGAAUGUGAAGGAUUAGAACUAGAUGAUGUUCAAAGAGAAAGUUCUUUGUGUUCCAGUCCAUUGGCCCAAGUAUGUUCUACUUUGGCAGACGUACCAUUAUUAGCAAAUCCUGGAUCUGAGGACUCCAUUAGUCAAGCUGAAUCAAGCCAAGCAAUCAGCACAGAUACGUCUACAUUUUCUCCAGCGUGUUACAGUUUGGGAGACAGCCAAACUAUGAGUUACAAUGUGAAUUCGAAUGGUUGUGCAGAGUAUGCUUCUGGAGAGCCCAAUAACCUUAAUGGCCAAAAUGGAAUUGCUUUUGUAAACAUUGACUCUUAUGAGCCAGAUAGCAGUGAUGGAGAGGAAGAGGGUGACCAAAAUGAUAUUUUGUUAUCUGAAGAAGAACCGGGAAUAUUUCAAGAGACACUGGAUAGUAUGCUUUCUGAAUUGGAGAAAGGAGUGGACUCCUUCAGUGAUUUGCGGUCACAUCUUUCCAAUUUCAGUCAUAAUGCUUCAAGCAAAAGUUCUGAAGACCUAAGAACAGUGCCUUUCAAGAGACAUUGUAGUAUAGAAUCAGAUACUGCCCACCAAAAUAAGACACUUCUGAAAACAUCUAGUGAAGAAGAAUCUCCAGUAAAAAAUAACCUUAGCAGCACUUGUGACAUGGAACAGCAAAAAAAUGCAGCUGAUCCUACAAUUAGGACACAAGGUGGGAUUUGUAAUGCAUUGAGUACUGCUAAUAUCAAGACAGACCAAGAGAAUUCAUCUGAACUGGUAGUGAGGCCCAAAGUUAGAAAACAACGUCCUGUGAGCCAGUUGGACAGGAAGCAGUCUCUUACAAAUGAAGAGGAAGAAAAGAGCAGCACUACAAGGUGGAGUGAGAAUGUGGAUGUCCAGCCGCGCAGUGUGGAGUGUGUAUUGAAACACAGCAAAGAAAAAAACAAUUCUAGUAUGUUUUUUGACCCAAGAGACUAUGAAGGAGCUCAAAAUAAAAUAAAAAGUGAACAAAAGAAACAAAAUCUAACACAUCAAGACAAAAAUAAAGUAGACGAUAGUGCUUUCUGGGAUGAAUUUGAAGACUGUGGCAGAAAUCUAUCUAACUCUAACAAAGAUGGAGAUGAAGACAGCUCCGAAUGCAGUGACGGUGAAUGGUCUGCCUCUCUGCCCUCCUAUUUUGCUGUGACGGUGAAAGAUCAGUCCUCCAGUGAUGAGAGCUGGGAGACUCUUCCAGGAAAAGAAGAACAGGAACCUGAAGUGCACAGUGACAGCAGCGGUGUGGAAGAAGAACGUAAUGAGUUUGGUUUCCAAGCAGGGGAACAGACCUCUCUGGAGGAUGGUGAGAUUCCUUGGUUGCAGUAUCAUGAAGAAAUUGAAAGUAGCAGUGAUGAAGAAAAUGAUCAAGCAAGCCAUUUUGUGCAUCCUGGCUUUUUCAUGUUGGAUGGAAACAACAACCUUGAAGAUGAUUCCAGUAUGAGUGAAGACUUAGAUGUGGAAUGGAGGCUGCUUGACGAAUUUGGUGAUGGUCUUGGUGUUGCUCAAGCCAUUUCUUAUGUGGAUCCUCAGUUCCUUACAUAUAUAGCCCUGGAAGAACGAUUGGCGCAGGCUAUGGAGACUGCUCUGGCACAUUUGGAGUCUCUUGCAAUUGAUGUUGAGCAAGCUCAUCCACCAGCUAGUAAAGAGAGCAUAGAUUGUCUGCCACAAAUCAUUAUUACCGAAGAUCACAACGCUGUAGGUCAGGAACAGUGCUGUGCUAUCUGUUGCAGUGAAUACAUCAAAGAAGAAAUUGUAACGGAGCUUCCGUGCCACCACUUCUUUCAUAAGCCUUGCAUAACGCUUUGGUUACAAAAGUCAGGAACGUGUCCUGUAUGCCGUCAUGUGCUUGCACCUGUGCUUCCAGAGACAGCUAGCCCCACAGUCACCUUCUUGCCUGAUCACGAAGCUACUCCUUCUGUUCACACUACUUCAGGAACACAAUAAAAUGAACACCAGAAAAGAGUUUGGCCCAUCUAAUUUUACUGUAAAUUUAUCCUGUUUAAUUACAAUGUGAAAUUGAUUUCUAUGUAGGUAUAUAUAAAUAAAUAUAUAUAUAUAUAUAAAAAAA